GGCGGGGCCUCCGCGGAUGAAGACAACAAAGGGUCGCCGGUCUCUCUCCAGCCCGCGGCAGGCGGCUGUGGUUCCAGUCUUCCUUAUUCCACUCAGCUGAGGCUCGUCGGGCCUCCCGCCAGUCCCGCUCCAGAUGAAGUGUGAGCACUGCACACGAAAGGAAUGUAGUAAAAAAUCAAAAACUGAUGACCAGGAGAAUGUGUCCGUUGGUGCAUCAAGUCCAGCCCAGGAGAAUGAAGAGAAGGGAGAAUUCCAUAAGUUGGCAGAUGCUAAGAUUUUUCUGAGUGACUGCCUGGCAUGUGACAGCUGUGUGACUGUGGAGGAAGGAGUCCAGCUUUCCCAGCAGAGUGCCAAGGACUUCUUCCACGUCUUAAAUCUUAACAAGAAAUGUGACACCUCAAAGCAUAGAGUGCUGGUUGCGUCUGUGUGUCCUCAGUCUCUGCCUUAUUUUGCUGCUAAAUUCAACCUCAGUGUCACUGAUGCAUCCAGAAGACUCUGUGGCUUCCUCAAAAGUCUUGGGGUGCACUAUGUAUUUGACACCACAAUCGCCGCAGAUUUCAGCAUCCUGGAGAGUCAGAAGGAGUUUGUACGCCGAUAUCACCGGCACAGUGAGGAGCAGCGUGAACUGCCCAUGUUGACCUCUGCCUGUCCUGGUUGGGUCAGAUAUGCUGAGCGGGUACUGGGCCGCCCAGUUAUCCCCCAUCUCUGCACUGCCAAGUCCCCCCAGCAGAUCAUGGGCUCCUUGGUGAAGGAUUACUUUGCUAGACAGCAGAAUCUGUCUCCUGAGAAAAUCUUCCAUGUUGUUGUGGCUCCUUGCUAUGAUAAGAAGCUGGAAGCUCUUCGAGAGGGACUUUCCACUACUUUGAAUGGUGCCAGGGGCACUGACUGUGUGCUGACGUCAGGUGAAAUUGCCCAGAUAAUGGAACAAAGUGACCUCUCUGUGAAAGAUGUUGCUGUGGAUACUUUGUUUGGAAAUGUGAAGGAGGUUUCAGUAUGGCGUCAUGAUGGAGUGAGUUCAGAUGGGCAUCUGGCCCAUGUCUUCAGACAUGCAGCCAAAGAGUUGUUCGGAGAGCACAUAGAGGAGAUCAACUAUCGUGCACUAAGAAACAAAGACUUCCAUGAGGUUACCCUUGAGAAGAAUGGGGAGGUCUUACUGCGCUUUGCUGCAGCCUAUGGCUUCCGCAAUAUCCAGAACAUGAUCCUGAAGCUCAAGAAGGGCAAAUUCCCAUAUCACUUCGUGGAGGUCCUAGCAUGUCCCAGAGGAUGCUUAAAUGGCAGAGGCCAAGCACAGACAGAGGACGGCCACACAGAUCGUGCACUCCUGCAGCAGAUGGAAGGGAUCUAUUCUGGCAUCCCUGUGCGACCCCCAGAGAGCAGUGCACAUGUGGAGGAGUUGUACCAGGAGUGGCUGGAGGGUACUGAGUCCCCCAAAGUCCAGGAGGUGCUGCACACCACAUACCAGAGCUUGGAGCCCUGCACAGACAGCUUGGAUAUCAAGUGGUGACAAAGCCCAGAAGGGCAGGAGGGAGACAGCUCUGAGUGGAGAGUGGUGGUUGUUUCAAGAACAACGGGUCACUCCAGUUUUGGCAGUGCUCCGCUACAUGCA